UAUAGAAAUACCACUGUUAAAAUAGUGUUCAAUACAUCUAUUGUAGAGCGAUAUAGAAUUAUCACUGUUAAAAUAGUGUUCAAUACAUCAAUUGUAGAGAGAUAUAGAAAUACCACUGUUAAAAUAGUUCUCGAUAUAUCAAUUGUAGAGCGAUAUAGAAAUACCACUGUUAAGAUAGUGCUCAAUGCAUCUAUUCGAUAUAGAAAUACCACUAUUAAAAUAGUGUUCAAUACACCUAUUGUAGAGCGAUAUAGAAAUACCACUGUUAAAAUAGUGCCCAAUACAUCAAUUAUAAAGCGACAUAGAAAUACCACUGUUAAAAUAGUGUUCAAUACAUCAAUUAUAAAGCGACAUAGAAAUACCACUUUUAAAAUAGUGUUCAAUACAUCUAUUGUAGAGCGAUAUAGAAUUACCACUGUUAAAAUAGUGUUCAAUACAUCAAUUAUAAAGCGAUAUAGAAAUACCACUGUUAAAAUAGUGUUCAAUACAUCUAUUGUAGAGCGAUAUAGAAUUACCACUGUUAAAAUAGUAAAUACCACUGUUAAAAUAGUGUUCAAUACAUCUAUUGUAGAGCGAUAUAGAAAUACCACUGUUAAAAUAGUGCUCAAUACAUCAAUUGUAGAGCGAUAUAUAAAUACCACUAUUGAAAUUGUAAUCGAUACAUCAAUUUUAGAGCGAUAUAGAAAUACUACUGUUAAAAUAGUGCCCAAUACAUCAAUUGUAGAGCGAUAUAGAAAUACCACUGUUAAAAUAGUGCUCAAUACAUCAAUUGUAGAGCGAUAUAGAAAUACCACUGUUAAAAUAGUGCUCAAUACAUCAAUUGUAGAGCGAUAUAUAAAUACCACUAUUGAAAUUGUAAUCGAUACAUCAAUUUUAGAGCGAUAUAGAAAUACUACUGUUAAAAUAGUGCCCAAUACAUCAAUUUUAGAGCGAUAUAGAAAUACCACUGUUAAAAUAGUGCCCAAUACAUCAAUUUUAGAGCGAUAUAGAAGUACCACUGUUAAAAUAAAGCUCAAUACAUCAACUGAAGAGCGAUAUAGAAAUACCACUGUUGAAAUAGUGCUCAAUACAUCAAUCGUAGAGCGAUAUAGAAAUGCCACUGUUAAAAUAGUCCUCAAUACAUCAAUUGUAGAGCGAUAUAGAAAUACCACUGUUAAAAAAGUGCUUAAUACAUCAAUUGUAGAGCGAUAUAGAAAUAUCAACCUAAAAAAACAUGUGUUUGCAUAG